AUGCAAAUAAAUAUCGAAAGAGAGAAAUACCUCCAACAGAAAAGAGGAAGAACAGCUGCAACUCGUUCUAGAGAUAGUAGGAGUAAAAAGUUUGAUCAUACCACUGUAUACAGCUUUUUCCAAGAUGAUAGCAGAAAGUAUAAACCUCAGGAGUACUUCUCUCCUCAGACAAGGAAGAAUAACCAGAGAAAUAUGAAAACAACUCACUUUGUAUUGGGGUCUGAUGGGAAAGAGAAUGUUAAAAGGAUGAGUGAUUCUAUGUCUGACCCUAGCCAGACAGUACCAGUGCAAUCUAAUCAGCAUAUCAUCAUGGCAAAGAAUAGUAAAAAGACACAUUUUAAACUUAGCCCAAGCGGAUCGAGUGGGAAAGAAAGUUUGAAUACCACUCAGAGAGAUUCAUAUAAAUGUACUAAGAGCUCUGGAAUCGCUCAGUCAAAGAUGAAUGCAAUGAAAUUUAAGCAAACUCACUUCAAUUUCGGGUUUCAAAAGCAAAGCUAUCAUACUUCAUACAACAGUAUUAAUAGGAAUCAACCUGAAGUAGUUAAACAUAUUCCGAACUCUACAGAUAAUGUAAUGAAUCAGAAGGAGAAAAGCCUAGAGCUCCAAACCAAAAGAAUCACAAAAUUUUAUAGUCAGAUUGAAAAAUUAUACGGAAACGAUCGUUCUCAUAAUCGGAAGAAUACAUUACCCCCUCAUGAAAUUCCUAAGGUGACUCCUUCUCUCACAUCUAAAAGCUUGAUGGUCUCUCCAAAGCCUGUUGAUGGCAGGAUUAAUCAGAGUGGGACGAUCACGUCUAACAUUGACAACAACAAGUACAGGCCUAAUAAGAGAGUCGCAUAUAAAAAUGCUGAGUCCAAAAAUAACAAUAUCACUCAUGGAUACAAAAACAAGGGAUUUGUGAAACCAUCUAAGAAAUUAGAUGGAAAUUUAGCAAAGAAAUAUUACACUAAAGUUAGCGAUGCACGGAAGCAAGCCAAAAUUAAUAAAGCGAACCAUAAUUCACAUCUGCAUGGCUGGGUCUCAAAAUUUCGGGAAAGAGUCAUGAAUACUAAGUUUGAGCCUAAGAAGAGCAAGGAGUUAUCUAAACGCAUGUUUCAAUAUAAAACUAAAGCAAAUAUGUUAAAUUUCAGCAAGGAUAAGAUUAUUCCAAGUGAUACAGUGGCUCCAAAGCCUCAACCAAUAAGAGAGUUUGAGAAGGAUUGAUCAAAGAAAAUUAAAGCAUUCUCUCCUGAACCUCAAGAUCUAGGCCGGAUUCAAUCCCCGAUGAACCUUGUCCUAAAGAACAUGAUUGCGCAAGAACACUUUACUAUAAGGAAUAAGAACAAGGCAAAAAUUAAGAAGAAAGUUGAAAGCACCAAUUUUGAAAUCGCCCAUAAGACAAAUGUCAAAGUCCCUAUUGAAUCAAGUUAUAUGAUAGAGUUCUUAAAAUAAGAAACAAAGUGGUGCAGCUGUCAAAAGAGUUGGCAUUCAGCCUCCUUCUAGUCUUCAUCUGGAGCAUUAUGAUGGAAAUAUGCCAAGAGAAUUUGGCAACAGAACAUUUGCAGCUUCUAGAAAUCCAUAUGGCAAUAUUCAGAGAAGUACAAAAACUGCCCAGAGUCAAAGAAGUCAUCCUAAGCCAUUCCAAGGCCACAAGCAAUCUUUGAAGACUACAAAGCUGGAUGAAAGUAUAAAGUAAGCUGCAUUUCACUAUUUAGUAGUAUUUCUGAUAAACUAAAAGUUCAGUGUAUUUCUUUGGAUCCUCCACAGAAGACAUCUCCCAAUCUUUUUAAAACUACAAAGAAUUGGAAGCACUAAACUUCACUAUGAUCCUACAAGUUCCUGGAUUCCCGUAAUCUCUAUUCUUUAUGUCCACCAAGUAUU